CAGAAGGAAAUGGAGCGUAUGGAAAUCGAAGAGAAAAACGGCGAUACCACAAGUGGUGCCGGAUCUAAGGUUGUCGUUAGUAAUUUCCCAGCUCAAGCCAGAUUAGAGGACCUCGAAGCGCUGUUCGCGAACUGCGGCCAAGUCCAGUCAGUGGAGAAAUUGUCCUCGCGCGACCCCAACACACAAACCGUCCUUGUUAGCUAUGAAGCGCAGGAGCAAGCGCAACAGGCUGUGAACCAAUUUAAUGGACACGAGUACGAGGGUAGUCCUCUAAAAGUGGAAAUGUCUACGGCGGAGAGCCGACGAAGAGGCCGCAGCCAGCGCAGCGGCGUCGCUUAUUCCGGGGUUUCGGGAUCCGGACGACAGGCCGACUUCCCGCUCCGUAUUCUCGUGCAUUCGGACAUGGUCGGUGCUAUAAUCGGUCGUCAGGGAUCGACCAUACGUCAGAUCACCCAGAUGACUCGCGCGAGGGUGGACGUCCACCGAAAAGACAGUCUUGGCGCCGCGGAAAAAGCCAUCACGAUCUAUGGCAAUCCCGAGAACUGUACGAACGCCUGUAAGAAAAUCAUGGAGGUCACGCAGCAGGAGGCUUACGGCUUGAGUAAAGGCGAAAUCUCACUGAGGAUCCUUGCGCACAAUAAUUUGAUCGGACGGAUAAUCGGAAAGGGUGGCACUACGAUUAAGAAAAUUAUGCAGGACACAGAUACGAAGAUCACCGUGAGCAGUAUCAAUGACAUUAACAAUUUCAAUCUCGAACGCAUUAUCACAGUCAAAGGCACCAUCGAUAACAUGAGCAAAGCUGAAUCUAUGAUCUCUAAUAAACUACGCCAAAGUUACGAGAAUGACUUGCAAGCGAUGGCUCCUCAAAGCAUGAUGUUCCCUGGUUUGCACCCAAUGGCCAUGAUGUCUACUGCUGGUAUGGGAUACAGCUCGCGUGGUCCCGGUCUAUAUGGCUCGGGCCCAGCUCCAUAUCCCUACCAAGCCAGUCUGCCGACUCAACAGGGUAUUCCGAUCGGCGACACCCAAGAGACUGCCUUCCUUUACAUUCCGAACACUAGCGUAGGUGCCAUUAUCGGAAGCAAGGGUUCGCAUAUCAGAAAUAUCAUCAGAUUCUCUGGCGCCAGCGUGAAAAUCGCGCCGAUCGAACAGGACAAACCCGUGGAGCAACAAAAUGAAAGAAAAGUGACUAUUGUUGGAUCGCCAGAGUCUCAGUGGAAGGCUCAAUACUUAAUUUUUGAGAAGAUGCGCGAGGAAGGAUUUGUGGCCGGCACCGAGGACGUACGAUUGACAAUCGAGAUUCUCGUACCGAGUACUCAAGUUGGCCGGAUCAUUGGAAAAGGUGGACAGAAUGUUAGAGAAUUGCAACGUGUUACCGGAAGUAUCAUAAAGCUAUCGGAGCAGCAAUCUACGUCCCCUUCCGCCGACGAGGAGGCCACCGUCCAAAUAAUUGGUCCCUUCUUCUCUGUUCAGUCGGCACAGAGAAGAAUUCGCGCUAUGGUUCUACAGUCGUCUGGUGCACCUGGUGCAGGUGUUGCUGGCUCACGCGCUGGUCGUGGUAGCAGCCAAGACGCUGGUUCCCGUUCGCGAAGAGACGGCAGUGCUACGUCUCAACCGGGCGGCGUAGCACCAACGCAACAGCAACAACACUCGGCUCAGCAACAAUCGAGCACCUCGCCAUCCAGCCAGCAGCAGCAGCAGCAACAGCAGCAGCAGCAGCAGCAGCCUCAAAAUCAGUAACGUCACUGAAAACUUACCUGACGCCGACCAACGCCUCACGUGAAAAUCCGUUUUAAUCGCCGGGGUGGCCUCGUCGCUUUGACAUUCUCUCGUAAAGAGGCUACGUGCAACUUCCUUCUCGCGGAUUAUGUAUCCUGAUGUGUACGAUACGAGAGAACACAUCACGAAAGAAGUUAUCCGUAUCAAAAUGCUACACGCGUAAUAGUAUUUAACAUCCAUUCAAAAUCAUUCGAAUUCGUUCCAAGUCGGACACGAUCGAUGGUGUUUCUUUUACUUUUUCGCUUCGAUUCGUGUAUGCCAAUGUAUUCGUCCUAUUUUGUUGCAAUUUUUGGAGAACGUAGAGAAAUAUAGUACGUGGUUUUGUUUUCUUUUUCUUUUAGACGUGUUUUUUGUAGCGGAAUGGCCGAUAAAUUAUAUAUCAUUGUUAAAUUGUUACCAUCGAUCGUGACGCCCGGCUUGCGUCGUAUUUCAUUUGACAACGAGCGAAACGGCUUCGGAUAACGUCUGAGGUAAAAGUGAUGCGGUAUACCGCGUUCAAUCAAACGGGGUAGUGCACGUCAGCUAGUGCUUCACGCGCGUCGAAGUGAGACUAAAUUGUUCGAUUCCUGCUCGCUCGAAACGGGUAACAUUAUAUAAUCGACUCUUCCGCAUCGAAGAGAUAUACGUACAAAGAUCGUUUUCUCACUUCUUCCGCGCCUGUCGCUACAGAUGUUUACAUGUUGCGGGUUCGCGUAUAAUGCAGAAGUUAAAGCGACGGGUGACACUCGAACGAAUUGAUUUCGCGCAGCGUUAACGGAAAACCACCUCGUCGAUGAAAUAGGAUAUAUGAUGAUAAGAAAAAAAAAAUAAGCAUACACAACCUUAUUACCUCAUUCAUUACGGUUAAAGAUUUAAAUAAUGAUAAUGAAAAGUGAAACGAGAGAAAGGAUAAAAACCAACUAAUCUAAAAAAAAGAAGUCUACCUAAUAUUAAAGUUAUAAUAAUAUACAGAGAGCAUUAAGUAACGAUUACACAAUUACGUUAUACAUGUUACUACUACAACUACUACUAUGCUACUAUUACUACUGCUAUUAACUACUACUUAUUUCUACUAAGUACUCUAUACAGGAAGGCGGUUUAUCUUUUUUUUUAAAAAAAGAGAAACUACUCUAGGUACAUUUUUUUUAUACCACAACGCAGAGAGCCGAUUAAUUAACAAGACUUAAUUAUUGAAAAGAAAAAUGAGAUGUAAGAACGAUACGCGACACGUAUAGAACGUAAGCCGCAACCAAGUUUCUUCAUGGCUCACGCCCCUCUCGCGCCUGCAAUACCAAAGAAGCGAUUAUGAGUUUUUUCGUAUUUAGUGAAGUGAAAACGCGUGACACACAUUGAGGAAGAUGUGUGCCGGGCGCUCUACUCGCCUCAAGUUCCUUGCAAAGAGCUAAGAAGAAGAGCGAGAGGGGGGCUGGUCGCGAAUAUAACGGAGAAGAGAGAGACACGAGUCGCGUCUACGGGGAAUCGACGAGUGGUUAUUGACGUCGGCAACGACAGAAUGGAAAGACGAAACCACGGAGAGCGACAUCCUUUGUCAUCGAGUCGCUUUUCGUGAAAAGUGAUCGGAAUGAGGAAAUACGUAUAAUAAAUCAAGAGACGUUCCUAGGGAGCGAGAGUCAAAAUACAAAAGAUGAAAACCGUUUGAUGUUGCACAUGAAACGGACGCUGUUUCGUGUUGCGAGAAGGAUGUUCCAAAAAGAGAUAGAGAGAAUGAAAAAGCGACAUCGCUACGCAUGAGAAAGCGAAGUUGAGGGGACAGAAGAAUUUACAAGAUGAAGAAGUUUAAAAGGGACGUGAGAAGAGCAAAAAGAUGAGAAAAACAAAAACAAAACUUUUACAAGGAUUUUUACUUUGUCGUGGAUGUAAUAGUGUGUGAGUGUGCGUGUGUUGAAUAAUACUAUUAAUUGAUAAGUAAUUAAUUACUGGUUAGGUAUAUACGGCAAGGAAGGCGCCAGAAAAGGUAGAUAUUUAGGAUAAUCGAGAGAAACGAAAAGAAACGCUAGGCAAGAGGAGGAGAAAGGUGAAAAGUGCUAAAGGUCGAAGAGCGAUGCGUACGUCGACGAGAAAAUGGGCAUCGUUAAUUAUUAAUUUUUCGUAUCGUUCUUCGCCUCGUUGGUACGAGCGUGAAUAUCGUCCUGCGAGUUACUAUUAUCAAAACGACAAUCGAACGCGCGCGCGGAUUUUAUGAAAACUACAUCUUCCGACGAUCGUUGUAAAUUCUGUAAUUUUUUUUCUCUAUAUUUUUCUUGUUUUAAUAUAUAGGGUAUAUAUAGUCGUAAUACAGUUAGGAUAGUGGAUAUUAUAUUGAAACGCGUUACGAAUUCGUUCGUAGAAACUCGCAGCGGUAUCGCGUCUCCGGCCCGGCGCGUACUAUCGAUCACGAUGAUUCUAUCGAUUUUCUUCGCACGGGGGGAAUUGACCUUUUCGAUGCUACAAGAAAGUUUCGACCUCGACUUUUCUAUCUGUAAUAUCUAACGCGAUCGAUCUUUCUGUUCCGAGUGAAAACGCUUCUCACUCGAACCGCAAAAAAGAUAAUAUCAACGUGUCAGAUGGAAAUCCAAAUUUUUUAUAUAUCUAACGUGUCGUUAUUACCUUUUUCGUAGUUCGAGCAGAGAGCAUUUCCAGUCGAAACAUAAAGAUAGAUCGUGUAAGAGAUUUCAGAUAGAGAAUUCGGGAGAAGACUGGUGGUCUAGGACUAUGAGCGAGGAAGUGAAAAUUCACUUAGACUUAAACAAGACUCGAAGUGGAAGAAAUCUUAACCGAACGGGCUGACCCCGUCUCGGUAAUUGAUAAAACAUGACCAAGAAGGAGUGAUAAAGUAACGGACUGACGAAACCGCGCGAUUAUGUGCCACGAACGGAGCUCGCGAAGAUCGUUGAAUCUCUCCUGUUUGAUUCCAAGUAAUUAACGUCCAUGAACGCGUCAAGCGUAGGAUAUCUUCGGUGUUCCCGUGUUUCAUCCAUCUGUGAACCCUGACACGGUCAAUGGUAAAGGCCGGAAAUUUGUCCACUGAUCCAAGGUUUUUUCAUCGGUUAAUUACUUUUUCUCAAAAUCUCGUGGCACGUUAUCGACGCUCAACUGAGUACGUUGAACCCCCGUUGUCCAGGGUUCGCGUGCGACGACCACGACGACGAUCCCUUCCGGUUCACGGAGUUGAUCGGGAGAUCGGGUCGUCGACCGUCGGUUCACCUCACGGCAUUUGGUAUGCGUUUAGUACAAAAAUACACGAGUUUAAAAGUGGGUAGAAGGGAAUCCAGUUCUACGGAAAAACGUGUACGUGUUCAGCAGGAGGGAGAACGUACGUCGCGUAGUAGGAUUUUCGUUUAUCGCGAGAAAGAGAGCGGGGGGGGGGGGAGAAAACGCGAAAAAGGAAACGGGACUUCUGUUGAGUGUGCGCGCGAGUAUCAUCGUUGAGUACAGUGAAAAAUCGGGCGAUGGAAAAAUACGUGUAGGCAGGGGAACGGCGGAUGGGCGGAAGCGUGGCGAGGCUGCGUGUAUUCCGCUCUCUCGCCUUUUUUCCCCUUUUCGUUGCGUCUCAAGGAGGAAUACCAGAACGACUAGAGAAAAGAGAUUGGAAAAUGGGAAGCGUAAUGGAUGAAGGAAAAUCGACCGAACAUGGAAGCAUACGAAGGAAAAGAGGAAACGAAGACGGGUAGAGAUUAGAAACGAAUGAAGAGAAUGACGUGAGAAAAGAGAAAAUGAAUCUAAGAGUGAUAAGUUUAUUUUUGAUACAUUGUUGGGGAGAUCUAAGUGAAUCUUUCUUUUUCAAUUUUUUUGUUAGAUGUUUUUAAUAACUUAAUGAAUUUUAAUGAUAUGAAUAAUAAUAAAACGAUGCGAGGCGUGAAGAGGGAGGGCGAAGACAUUUUUAAAUAGAGAUAUAAGAGGAAGAUGGUAUUAGAGGAGAAGAAGCGAGGCGAAGUGUUUUUCGUACAAAAGGGUAACUUAAAGAGUAAAAAAAAAAGGAGAAUGAGGUGGAAGUAAGGAGAUAGAAGAAGAGGAGGUAAAAUAAAAAAAUGUAAUGAGAGAUUUAAAGAGGGCACGGCGCGCAGCUUUUUGCGCUGUGCGCGUCUGUCGCCCGCCGGGGGAUGAAUAAAAGAGAUUUUAGUCGGAUAAAUUGUAUAAUAUAUUUAAUAUAUUCGGAGAUGAACGGUGGCCUCAGGUCCGCUCGGCGAGGAAACGUCACCUUCGUUGGCCGGCGACAAAGGCGAUCGCGCUCACAGUUUUAUGUGACGCGAUUUUCGUCGUUGUCGCUACCACGGAAGCCUUUCCCCGCCAGCAGGCCUUCGCUUCCGCGUUUAUUUAUCAUGCGUAAAUAUUUAAAGAGACAAAAGUGAAAUAACAUUUUAUAAAAAAAAGAAGAAGAAGAAAAUGAAGAAGGAUAAUGCAGAGAAAAGUGAUGAAAGUGCCAAGGAACCAUAAUACACAGUAACGAAAACACCGCAAACUGUUUCACAAGGGUACCACGUAAAACCAAUAAAUUCAAGGGAAGAUGCAACAGAAAAACCGACAACAAGAUUCAACAGAGGAAAACUCGCUUUACUACCUAAAUCAUUUACGCUAGUUCGAGAUCACUUUUUCUUGGAACAAAAUUAAUGGCAAGGAAACACGUUCGAAAUUAAUUACAUAUUUUUUCGGUCAAAAAAAAAAGGAAACGAAUCAAAAUUGAAAUAUUAGUAAGAAUGAUAGAAAUUAAAAUGUACAGAGAGAAGCACGACGCAAAUGAGAGAUACCAAUCGCUCUUUUCACAGAAUUUCGUUGUCGCGCAUAAAAAAAUAUCUCGCCGACGACGAAAGCCAUCGCCCCCACCCCCUUUUCGGAAUAUCUCUUUAUGAACGAACACGAAAGCAACCGCAAAAAUUGAAGUUCGUUGUCCAUAUCUGCCGCGCACAAGUUUUACACUUUUCCCUCGUUCAUCGAUCUUUGAUUCAUUUUUUCGUUGCGCAUACUUUCGGAAAGUAAAAUUCGGAGAAAAAGAAUCUGCAUCAACGACAAAAAGGAGAAACCCGGAGAUUCGGUAGUAUAUAGUAAGACAAAAAGAAGACG